UCAAAAAAGCGUAUAUUACAAACUGGAAGAAUAUUCUCAUUUCUAAGUUCAAAAAAACAUAUUGGAAAUAAGACUAUAUUCGAUAGUGAUUGGUCAUUGCAAAGUCCAAGUGGUCAAACUUAUGAAUGGUUUGGAGCAGCUAUCAGCGUUCAUCAUAGGAAACAAACAAACAAUCCAAUAAUAAUUGUUGGUGCACCAGGUUAUAAUAAUGAAUUAAAAACACAGUGGGCUGGUCGUAUUUAUGGAUUUGAAAUAAGAGACGAUGAUAAAAUGAAUCCUUUGAAAAUAUUUGAUCUGAGUGGAACCGAAGAGUUUCAAGGGAUUGGAAGUUCAAUAAUUGCUGCUGAUUUUCUUCAAGAUGUUGGUGAUUUUUUGAUUGUCGCUUCUCAAUCCGAGACAAGCAUCCAGAGAUUCCCGAUGUAUAAUAAGCUAUGGCAAGCCGGUGCCGUUCGUGUGAUAAAUAUGGAAUAUCUAAAAGAAGGAACUUUAUUAUCUGAUGACUAUAUGAGUGUUGGAAAUGGAUUAUUGUCGCUAUUGCGAGGAACUGAGAGUGCAUCUCAUUUUGGAAGUGCGGUAUAUUGGGAUGACAUUAACAAUUCGCUUUGGAUUUCUGAACCAUUUGCUUCUUGGGAAGCGGGCCACAUAUAUAACUAUCCAUUAAAAUCUAUAUUAUCUUUUCACGAAUACUCAAAAAAUUUAUCUCAAGAUACUUCAAAUUAUCAAACACCUCAAAAGAACAUUCCAAAUAUUGAAACUUUUAAAUUAGCAGACGUAUGUAUGAAAAGUAGAGAACCAAGAGCAAGAUUUGGAAAUAAAAUUAUAAAAUUUGAUUUUAAUGGUGACGGAAAACGAGAUUUAGUUAUUGCUUCGGAACAUAGCAGUCAAAGUAUUAG